AUGCGAGUUCCUGAAAAAGGAAAGAUCUACAGUAUCAACGAAGGAUAUGCAAAAUACUGGUCUAAAGGACUUACUGAAUAUAUUCAUACCAGAAAGUUCCCGCCUCCUGGUAAAAAAGCGAUGGUUCAACGCUAUGUCGGGUCAAUGGUGGCUGAUGUCCACCGUACAAUUCUGAAUGGAGGGAUUUUCCUCUACCCUCCCACCAAGGAUGCUCCAAACGGGAAGCUUCGCCUCCUCUACGAAUGUGCUCCAAUAAGCUUUAUCAUCGAGCAGGCUGGAGGCCUCGCAACUACAGGAAAGGGUCCAGUUCUCGACGUCGUUCCCGAGGAAAUACAUCAGCGAACUCCCUUGUACAUGGGAAGCAAAAAAGACAUCGAGGAGCUACUGCAAUACCUAGACAAGGAUUAG